UACGAAACAAGUUCAACAUACCCAGGCUUUCUUUGUGUGAGCUGGCUCGGCAAACCCUGAACUCGCGAUCAGAGAUAAGUGGUAUCACGAAGGUGCGUCUCGCAGACAGAAGAGAUGAGUCGCUUUCUGAACGUGUUGCGGAGCUGGCUGGUGAUGGUGUCGGUCAUCGCCAUGGGAAACACCGUCCAGAGUUUCAGAGAUCACAGCUUCCUGUCAGAGAAGCUGUACACUGGGACUCCACAGUUUGUGAAUGGUCUCCAAGCUCGAACAUUUGGCAUUUGGACGUUGCUGUCAUCGAUCAUUCGCUGUGCCUGUGCCAUUGAUAUCCAGAACAGAACGCUGUAUCACAUCACCUUGUGGACAUUUGUGCUGGCGUUGGGCCAUUUCCUGUCAGAGGCUUUCAUCUACAAGACUGCACCGCUGACUAUCGGGGUCAUGGCACCUCUUAUUGUGGCAAGUUUCUCUGUCAUAGGAAUGCUGAUUGGAUUCCAGUGUUUUCCAGAGACGCAAGAGGAAGUCGGAGCACGACAGAAGAAACGUAACUGAAUCCCGCCUGAAUCUGAGUUUUCCACCAGACAUGUUUGGACUGGUCGUAGUGUGUGGCUUCCUGCCUUGAAGAACAUGAGAUCUGGAUGUCAGUUCAUUUCCUACUGUGAAUGAAACUUUCUAUACACUACA